ACAAGCAGCUCGCUACGCAGUUGUUAGUUUGCUGGGGUUUGUUGUAAUUUUCCACCGCGGCGUUUAAAUCAGAACAGACUUUAAUAAACCGCCUGUAGACCAGAGGAAACCGACAGAGUCCAGCAGCGGGACACACCCCUCGGUGACCGGGACCACAUCUGUCCGGUUUCCUGUUGCGGUUUGUUCGAUAGUUUGAGUGGCGGGUGGAGCUAACAGAAUGCUAACAAGUAGCACUGUUAGCUCAGAUUAGCCUCGGUGUUUCAGAUUACUAAUCCGGUGUAAAUUCGAUUUUAUUUCUCUGAUGGAGUAUCCCGGAGGAGGUGGAGGUGGGGUGGGGCAGAGCGGAGGGAACGUCCCUGCCUUCCUCACCAAACUGUGGACUCUGGUGGAGGACCCGGACACCGACCCGCUCAUCUGCUGGAGCCCGAGUGGAACCAGCUUCCAUGUGUUUGAUCAGGGUCGGUUCUCUAAAGAAGUUCUACCAAAGUUCUUCAAACACAACAAUAUGGCCAGCUUCAUCAGACAGCUGAACAUGUAUGGCUUCCGUAAGGUGGUGCACAUCGAGCAGGGCGGUUUGCUGAAACCAGAGAGAGACGACACGGAGUUCCAACAUCCGUUCUUCAUCAGAGGACAAGAACAGCUGCUGGAGAACAUCAAACGCAAAGUCACCAACGUCUCCUCAGUGCGGCAGGAAGAAGUGAAGAUCUCUGCUGAUGAAGUAAACAAAAUCCUGAACGACGUGCAGCUGAUGAAGGGAAAACAGGAAACCAUCGACUCCAGGAUCAUCGCCAUGAAACAUGAGAAUGAGGCUCUGUGGCGGGAGGUGGCCGUCCUGAGACAGAAACAUGCUCAACAACAGAAAGUCGUCAACAAGCUGAUCCACUUUCUGGUGUCUCUGGUCCAAACCAACAGGAUCCUGGGAGUCAAAAGGAAGAUUCCUCUGAUGCUCAACGACUCCAGCUCCGCCCACUCCAUGCCUAAAUACAGUCGUCAGUUCUCUUUGGAGCACAUGCAGGCUGCAGCUAGUCUGUUCCCGCCCGACUCCCCGGUGACCUCUGGACCGAUCAUCUCUGACAUCACUGAGGUGACCACGCCCACUGCAGAGAAUGUGGUUAGCGAUUGGACGGACGCAGGAGAGAGCCAGUCAGUUAACGUCAAAGAGGAGCCGUCCAGUCCAGAGGUGGAGGUGUGUCCUGUUCUGGAGGGUGGGGCUACACCUGUAGACACGCCUCUCUCCCCCACCACCUUCAUCAAUUCCAUCCUACAGGACAACGAGACUCAGCCGUCUCCCAACACCUCCACCACCAACCCUACACCAGGUACACACCCCCCCGCCACCAACCCUACACCAGGUACACACCCCCCCGCCACCAACCCUACACCAGCCAUUGUUGUAAAGAGCCCCGCCUCCUCAGAGCCCCUCCCAUCUGCCCCAACCAACCAAUCACCUGCCUCCAUUCCCAUCCCAAACCCCAGCCCCACCACAGCUCAGCAGAGAUGUCAGACCAUCGCCUGUAUUGACAGACCCCGCCCCCCUCCCUCUGCAGGUGGACUCUCACCUGACGUUUGGUGCUUCGUAUCAACACAAGCUGACAAGUCUGAACUGUCUGACCACGUUGACAAUAUUGACAACGGCCUAGAGAACCUGCAGAACAUGCUGAACACACAAACCUUCACCUUCGACACCUCCCCGCUCAUCGAGUUUUUCAGUUCCCCCUGUUCUUCAGGAGACUUUGACCUCGACAGUUUGGACACUCUGCUGUCUGAAGAAGCUCCUAAAGGAAGUGAUGAAAACACCAACAACACAGGGAAGCAGCUGGUGCAGUACAUGGCCACACCUGUCUUGAUGUCUGAACCAGUCAGCUUGGAGGAGGGCGGGGCCGACCUGCCGUCCCUGCUGGAGCUGGAGGCGGAGCCUUUCUUCGCCUCAGACCCGCCCACUGAUGACACAACAGCCGCCCUGCUGAAACACACCCACCUGGACUCUGACCUCUGACAUCAUCAAAAAUGUGAUGACUCAUCAGUAACCACAGCAACAGGAUAGUCUGAGUGCUGACUCAGCAGCAGCAAUAGACAAUGAUGAAAUGGAUCAGCUGAUCAGAGUAGGUCAGAGGUCAUGGUUUUAGUAUGCAGAUGUUAUUGAUCCAUAUUAACCCUUUAUAUACCUGUCGUCUUCUUCUCUUUUAUUUUAGCUUUCGUUUCUUUGCUGCUUUAAUCAAAUCGUUUGUUUGACGCUCGCUGUUUAAAAACACUUCAGAGAACCAGGGUCACGUCUGUACCUGCCCGUCCAAUCACACGCAGCUCUGUCAGUGUAGAUGACAUCGCUCAACACAUGAAGUGCAUGGACAGGUGAGGCUGGAUCAUGUGACCCAGGUGUUUUGUUGUGCAUGUUGAAGUCAGAGUUUAUGGCUGUCUUUGUUUUCAUGUAGAAAAUAUAACGAAGAGAAUCUGAAUAUUUUUGGAAAAGAUUAUUAUGAAUGAGAAGCCCCCCCCCCCCAUAACCUGUUACCAUGGGGACAUCACGGAUGCGGUCUGUCUGAUCCGUGUCAGAUCAGUGUGAUUGAUCCACAUUAAACUGGUUUGUUUAUCAGUG